UUCGUUUUCGCAGCACACGCAGAUAAAAAUCACGACGACCGCUCCCGCCACGCCUCCUGCGACACCUGCAAUCUUGCACUACCGAGGUGCCUCCUUCGAUUUGAUCAAUCCACACAACUCUCUAGGCCUCCAUGACAUUGUGACGCCUGGAGGUGACGUAGAGCCCGACGCUGGUGACUAUUUUCCAGACCGACAAUCCGACGAGGACUCGCGAGACCAUAAAACCGAUUUUACAACGCGACAAGAUCCGCCACCCGAGACAAGCAUGGCGCCUACACGCCGAGUGUACACAGACUUGAAGUCUGCCCACAAGCAGAUCGCCCGUCCCUCUCCUUUCCCCGCGAAUGAGAGUCCGAACGUCAACGCGCCGCUGCCUCCCGAACCUGUUACGCUGCGCAAUCCCAUCAGACCGGAUUCGCCUUUCUUCCCUGAUCUAGCUCCGCGCCCACUCAACAUUCAGAAACCUACCGUUGCCACUCGUUCGGAGAAAGUGCUUAAGCGUCUUUCAAGCCCAUUCGCUAAGAGAAAUUCACGAACCAAGAGAGAGUUACAGGGAACGGAUUUAGAGGCAGUUUCACGACGCCGCGAUUCGCGAACAUCCGGUAUCUAUGGCAGACCCCUCAGCCGUGGUAACCGAUCAGCAUCCGCGAUCCCCGCGACUGGUGGAAAGGGAAUUGAAAAUACGCGUGGAGGGGUCACAUCUGAGACAGCUUUGGUCUAUUCUCAGCAAUCCGAAGACCAUGCCUCGGUCUACUCCGAUGAAGAUGAUAGCUACCAGCACUCGCUCUGGGGCGAAAGCAAUCAGGAUCGCCGGAGUCUUCCGCACGGCUACCGUACGAAGGCAAUCGACUAUUCUGGUGAGGUGAAUCCUGAUCCCUACAAGUAUGAGCACGACAAAUCUGCACAUACGAGCGUGCGCUUGUCACGCGGGAGAGUUCCCUCAGAGUUCCUGAGCGAGCAGACAGAGCAGACUGAUACCCUCGGGAAGAUCAUUGAUGGAUAUCAGGAUCAAGGCACACCGGAUACGCGUAUAGACAGUCUCGAAGGUAGUUCUCUCGAAAGCCCGCUUCCUAGACUUAGUUCCAGCCUAGCAAAACUCGACUUUGGUCUGCGAACUAGCCAGUAUAGCAAUCUGUCUGACACCAAGAUCCCAGUAGCCGGCAACAUGUACAAUCGGAAGCAAACUAUGUUCAAGGGCCCGGGGUCUCCGCCAGGAUCUCCUCUUCCCUUAGGACCUCCAAUCAGCCUUGGACAGCCACGCCCUUCCUUUGGUAAUCGCACACCGUCAUCGGAAGUGCUCUCGACCGACAACUCAUAUGGAGAUACCCGUCAUCUUCUUGGAUUAUCCCGAGCUUUUGAGGUCCCAAAUGUUCCUCGAAUUCCGGAACGCUUUUUGAGCCAUAGUGUGCCGAUUGUCCCUCUUAGCCAAACCGUGCCGGGUAGCACAGAUACUAGACGCUACAGCACAAAUCCUUUCAUUCCAGGAGCUUUGGAGCCUUCUUCGUCUUACUCCCAAGAGCUAGCUACGACUCCACCAGAAGCGCUAGCUACGGCUGAGCGCAUUUUCGAAGAGACUCGUAAGGAGGGUAGAAAUCCUUCCAUUCCCACCCUCUGGAAGUCCAGUUCAGUGUCUGGUAUCUCCUUUCCCGAACCCGAGGGGCCGGCUGAGCGAACGUCUCCCGGAAGGAAUUCGUUGGAAGACUUCGUCGAAGAAGAAAACGAGCGAGACUGGAUCACAAUUAACGAGCGACGCGAUAUCCGGAGAGAGUCUGGCGACAGUAUCGCUGAUUAUUCGAGCCGGAACCCCAGCUCCGACGAAGACCGGCAAGUCGUUGUGCAUCCCGGAAAUCCAUCCAUUCCUCAUGAGUACAAGAAGACCCAGCUUGAAUCGGGCGAAACCGUGCUUCUUCCUACGUAUGGAGGAACGCGACUACCUACAAUGAACGCGUUGCCCAGGAAUUUCUCAACGCCAUACCGACAUCCAAGCCCGAUGGAUGAGCACGAGCACCCCUUUGAUUCUUCGCCGCCCACCAUGACUACCGGCAGAGCACGAGAAAGCUAUGGGCCGUUCGCCUUGGACGAGCUCAACCUAUCCCCAACGCCGAAGUCAGGCGAGCUUAGCGAAGAUAGUGAAGUACCUCGCCUACCGGCGCGAAUGGGAAAGUAUCGCGACAACGUAGGGAACGGUGACGCGCAAUACGAAUUGACCGAGAAGGAGAUGCUAGAUGCUGGGCCGAACGACAAUAUCAUCUACAGUAGUCAAGGUCUUCCCUCAUCGAGUCACUAUGGAGAUAGCAGGUCGUUCUCCUCAGCUCGCGCUGAGCCUGCAACAAUGAGCACGCUGGCACAAGAGCGAGAAAAUUCAUUUGCGAAACUAACUAUUCUGGGCCCGAAAGGCAACUUGACUGGAACGCCUCUCGGUACAGGAAUGCGGGAGGUUGGGAGCAGCUUGGCCGACUCCAGUAGCCCUGGUGCUGCAUUCUACUCGACUCCCAUUCGCGGCCACAGAGCCAAUAUCUCAGGACCUUCGCCGUUCUCCCGAUUGACUUCCCCUCGCGCAUAUGCGCCCAGCCGGUACUCUCAUUUCGGUACACCUGAUCCUAAUUCUCGGAACUCCAGCUUGACUCGAGGUGUUAGCUACUCGUCCAACCAUGCUCCAGUAUCUCCCACUGAGUCUGUGUACUCUACAUACGACAACCAGCCUAGGUUCCAUGUGAAGCCGUUGAAUCUUGGACAGGCUCCCAACGACAUCGAACUCCAGGAUCUCGAACGCACCAACUCGACUAGUCGCGGGAAAUACACACCAGCCCGUCAUGGAUCGACGUCUAGGCGGUCUUCCGUGCCUAACCAGACGGGUUUACGCGAGCUUCGCCUGACGAGCACUCCCAUCCGUCUUGCCAAUGCUCCGCUUCAGGCUGUGAGCGCUCCCGAUACAGCCACAAUUUCGUCGAAUCGGUCUAGAAUGACCCGAAUGAGCGACCUCAUGCACAUUGGACCCUUCACGACCUCCCAGCAACCUCUCCGCGAGUACCGACAGCCUGUUGCACCUUUCGUACAGGAAUAUAGCCCGCACUUGCUAGCUAACCAGCGUUGCGGCACUCCGACUGUCGUCAAGCGCCUCAACCGAAUUUCAUGGAUCUACUUCUUUGCAUGCUGCAUCACCCCGGUCUCUCUUUUCGCGUACCCUUACGGCUUCGGCGACUACCUCGUCUUUCAUCACAGCAAGCGCUUCUACAAAGAGUCCGGAGAUGUGUUUCAGGAGGCCGGGUAUAGGCAGAAAGCUAUUGCUGUCUGGGCUGGACCUGUAUGGAUGAUCGUGGCUAUGCUCGCGAUUGUUUUUGGCGCUCUAGGCGGGUACAAGGUCAUUUGAAGGCAGGUGUGUUUCUUUGGACGAUUUCGACUCCCUGGAUUCUGGACUAUGGAUGGGCUCCUGGAUUAGGCGCUGUUGGCUUGACUUUUGCACUAAUACUCCUUUUUGAAUUCACUUUUACGAUGAUUUUGCAUGGCGUUUUGCAUGGGCGGGGUGGAUUCCAGGGAGCUUAACAAGGGCCAAACGACCUACAGUCGGAGGCCAAUAUCGGUGGACUAGCUAAGGGAUAGCCAAUGGGAUGAAAAUAAGAUAAAAUUAGUAUACUUACAC